UCUCUGUUUUUUCAGAAUAUCAUGCUUAUUUAGUUUUUAAUGUUGUAAGUUGUUUAUUGUUGUGUCACUGUAAUUCGUUGACAUGAUGAGCACUGUGCCAUCAACUCCAGCAUCUUAUGGAGGUACAACCCCACUGCGAAUAUUAAACAAAGGACCUGAAUACUUUCGGAACUCUAAACGUUCUGGAAAUGAAAACAGAAGAAAAACUGCAACGGAGAGAUUAGAGGCAGAUAAAUUCAAGUAUGUGAAAAGUGAGGAAGUUCGACAGCGUCGUUUCACUUUGGAAUUGAGGACCAGCUCGCCUCCAAAUAAUGACAGUACUGGAACUCAGUCAAUGGGUACGGCUUCUACUGGCUCGCCUAUCAAUAUGGAAGAGGAUGAUGACGUUUUAACUGGUAAUGAUGUUACUGGGGACUUCACUACUGAAGGCAUUAUGAAAGCUAUGGCAAACUUCACCAAAUAUAACGAAGUAAAGCCACAGAAUGCUACACCUGUGACAUCCAGAAGAAGACAGAAUCGUCUCUCCACCGAAGAUGCAACUGUUUCGAAAUCUGCGACAAAAUUAAAUAAUACAGAUGCUGAAGUACUACAUAGUAUGACGGCUACACGGAGAUUACAAAGGAUGAAAAAUAAGGCAAUACGAAAUAGUGAAAUCGAGAAAAAUAACAGAAAUUUAAAUGAUAAUGUUACGCCUCCGAGUCCGCUUCUCACUCGACUUCGUGAAAAGCUACAUAGCUCGAAUAGCCAGUCAAGUAAUGGAUCAACUGGUAAUGCCUUUACGCCUUCACCUACCAUUGCAUCCACCGCAGACGAGGGAUCAAAAACACAACCCAUUAUCAUGAAAUCACCUGAAUCUGAAAGCAAAAGUUUCAUUCCAAAGAAUUCCCAACAAACCAAAAGUGUCUUUGCGAGUAAUGCACUUAAUACUUAUAUAAGCAAAGCAAAAGAGGGGAUUAAAAAUGUUCUGAACACCGAACAACGCAAGGAACGACAACCGAGAUCAGCGAAUAGCUCAAAUGGUCGUAGGUAUCGGUCUGCAAGUGCUGGGCCGAAUGUUAACAAAACAACCCAAUAUAAUCCUAGGCUUACAAGCAGUGCAGAGAUGGGUCACAAUUUGUUAUCCGUUACCAAAAGUGAAGCAAGUAAUGCCACAAAUCCUCUAUUGAGUCCGAGGUCGCAACUUAAACAUGUGAGACAAAAUUUAAAGAAAGUCAAUAUUGGGUCCGAGCGUAUUCACACUCGAAGGCAUACAAACUCGGAGACGAGCGUACCUGCUGAAUAUAAGUCUGGACUCAAAAAAGUCAGUGGUACGACUUUCACUGUAAAUCCUGCUUUGCAGAAAAAGUCUCAAAACUUCCAAAAUGAUGCGUCUAAUACUGCGGAAAAUGCCAUGGAUACAAAAGACACUCGUGUUGAAGCAAAACCACCUAUGCUGCCUCGUUCGAAGAAAGAAAAAGAGAAUAUUCGACGAACCGCAAGUUCUGAUUCUCAACCUCAUUCUAUUGAAAGUUUAAAAAAGAGAACUAGCUCUGUUUCCAGUAAAGAGGGAACUGAAACUGAGGAAUCUGGCUCGAAUCUCUACAAAAAUGAACCCAAACGCUCGAAUUCUAACCGAGUCAAAAGGCGAUCUUGGGAUAUAUUACAUGCAUCUGAUAAUACGCAAUAUACCAAAACAUCUGGUGAAGAGAACACACCCCCACCAUCAAUAGAAAUGGAUACCAAUGCAUCUCAUUCUCACUCAAGACAAAGACGACCUCGCAGUUAUACUUCAGAUCAAAGAAAGAGCAAUUUAUCAUCAAGAAUGUCUCUGCCUGAAGAUUCAAUGCAACCUUUCAAGGAUGCCAAUUCACAAUUGUUCCAAAAAACUGGAUCUAGAAAGAGCGUAGCAGAAGCUAUCGAAGAAAUCAUAAACCCUGUUUUAGAAAACACCAAAAAUAAUGACAUAAAAAGAAAUUCUGCUGGAUCACCGGACAUUGCGAGCAUGGAUGGAAAUACAUUAGUUGAAAAUCGAGAAAGUUUUUUCGGAAAUUUAAGCACAGCGACAAAUUAUGGUAACGGUAGUAACGCUGGCACCAAAAAUUCAUCCGUGGCAGAUAAUAUUAAUUUUGUGCUCGGAGGUGCCAUAGAGGGAAGUUUGGGUAGUGGUAACUCAGACAACUCAGAUAAGAGACAAGAUAGGUCAAAAACCUCCUCAAACUCAAGGCCUAAAAAAGAGGAGUUUUCUGCCUCUUAUAGUAAUAAACCAAAAUCAGUGACGCAAAAAUCGAGAGAAAAGGAAUCAUCUUCAAUGGAAUUGCUUGACUCAUCUGGUCAUUAUACAAGAUCUUCAACAAAAACGCCGUCAUAUUUUGAUGGACCAAAUAACACGACACAUUUACGCCAUGUCCCCAUGCGGCAACAUUCCGCCCCAAUUGGGUUUGCAAACCCCCAAGAUCACCCAGUCGCACCAACAACAAAAUCUGACGAUGGUAAUCUCUCGAAUUCUCCAAUGUUGGCGCCAAAGUCUAGAAGAGAAGUUGUUCCCGAUUACAGAAAACAACAUCAUCCUAAAAAUGAUGACACGAUGAAAUCCCACAAUACUUCAAGUUCUUCUGGAAAUGCUAAUAAACCUUUUACAGCUUUAACUGCAAAUGAUUUGAAGCCUCGUUCCAACAAAAACAAUUCAACAAUUGUUCCACAAUCCACUCCUAUAAAGCCCACAUUUGCAUUCCCUGGGCAACCUUUAUCACAGACAAGACACAAUCCAAAAAGGCCUACUACAACACCGAUAUCUCCUACACUGUCACCGAACAAGCAAGCGGCUAGAAUGACCCCACCGCAAACACCCACUAGGUCGUGCUCGUCCACUCCGUACUCGUCACUAAAGCGAACUCCAACAUCAUCGAGAAGUUCGUCUUUAAAAAGGAAUAGACACAGAUCAAAGUCAGAUGUCCUUUCUCAUCAGCAUGAACUUGAUAGGUUCUUUUCAACAAUGGGAAUGGAAGAAUAUAUGAAUUUGGCACAUCAUUCUUCUAUGAAUGACACUUUGUAUUCAAAUCAUUUGAGCAGCGAGUCGGAUUUUUCGUUUGCAGGAGCAUCUGCUUAUGUUAGGGAUAGUCCCGAUGAAGCCAUGGAUGUUGACCCUGUUACAACUGCAUUAAUACGCGGCCCUCAAUCUGUCAGUAUCAUUGAGAAAAACGCUCGAGUUAUGAGAUGGUUGAUGACUUGUCAAAAGAACAGAAAAUCAAGUACCACAACAAAACUCUCUCGUGAAAACCUCUCACAAUCACCGCCAGUGUCUCCCUCGACUCGAGAGCCGAUAAAACCAUCUCAUAAAUUAUUAUCGACAUACCCGCCUGCAUCUGCCCCAAUUUCCAAUGGGUACCACUCUGGGUCACACCAAGCCCCUCUUUUGAGACCAAGCUCUCAACCUAAUACGAGCUCAUACCCUUCUUCACCCCCUCCGAUACCCCCAAGAACAUAUCAGCGACAACAUGCAGUAUACCAACCACCACAUAACGAUGCAAUUCUUGUCGGAGCACCUAAGGAGUCGAAUGUUUGAUGUGCUACAGUUUUUUAAAUUGCUUGAAUGAAUUUACAAUAUUGAUUCAAAAAAGAUAGAUGCUGCUACAUUUCAUCAUAUCGUAUAGAGACACCAAACUUCAACAAGAAAACUCCCAAACUAUUGAAUUCUGACCAAAAUGUUGACAAUUUAAAUCAUUAUAUAUAUUAUGUAUAUGUUAUAGUUGUUUCAUACUGGAUUCAAUAAAAAGUUGCUUUGAACGAAUUCAUCGUAUUGAUUAUGACAUAAUAGUGCACUAAAAUUUAGAUGCUUAUUGCACAAUUUGAAUUUUGUUAUGAUGUGUUUAGGGUGUGAUAAAAUUUCACGUAAUUUUUGGAUAAACAAUAUGACAACCGCACUUAUUAUUAGUUCGAAAUCCAAGCAACUAAUUGAAUGUCUAUACCAGAAUUUAAAAAGAAAUAUCAGUGCUUGAUAAUAUGUUGUUUCAUACAUAUCUCCAUGAAUAUAAUGUUUUGUUAUGAAUGAAUGAUCUCCAGUCUUCCCCAACGUUAUAUAUAUUGUCUUGAUAUUUUUGAUAAUGUUCCUUUUAAAUGGUAGAAUUGCCUAGAGGUUUGUGGUAAAGGAUCAAUUAUAUGAAAGUCUUGUUAUUGAUAAAGUACAUUUAGCAACUGCUUGGUGAUUUAAAAAUGUCACACAUCCUGUUUAAGAUUUUUUUUCCGUGUAUUUGACAUCAUGAAUUUGUUGCCUCAAAAAUAUACAAUUAAUCUAAUUGGAAAUUUUUCAUGUAGUUGAUGACAAUAACUUGGAAAGGGCAAAAUUCUCGACGUUUUAGCACAAACAACAGACAUCUACUAACUCUUGCAAAAUUGGUUUCUAUGUGUAUAAUAUUAGAAUUUGCAUGAAAUAUCCUAUCCCCUUUUUUAUAUUUAUGACAAAAAUGCAUCGCCUUGUUUUUAUCAUUAUUUUUAUUGUAGCCUAUGUUUUAUUAAAAAAAUUUUACACUGUAAUAUUAUUGCUCUAUCAGAUCAUAAAAUCACAGAAAAUAUGUUUUUGUUACCUUAUGCUGUAACAAUGCCACAUUAAAGCCUGUAUUUCGAUUAGUUUGGUAUUCAAGAUUUUUUUCUCCCUUUCCUAUUAUGAUGUUUCGAAUAUUAUAUUUUAUAGCCAGAUUGUUGUAACAAAAGGUCAUUCCAAUUUUAUGAAUAGAAAGGAGCCUUGGUUUGAGUAUUACUCAGACAGUUUAAUAUCUUUGCCUUUAUAAAGGACUAUAUCCCUGCCAUACAUAGAAUAUUGUACCCGUUUUGUUUUUAUUUUAUAUAUGAAGUGUGUGCAUGUGGGGAUGAUCAUGUAUGUUUUAUCUUUUAUCGUAUUAUUCAUUUUUCUUCUCUUUUAUCGGAAUUUACAAUAUAGUUUCAUGUGAUUUAA